AGCCCUCAUUUUCGUCAUUCUAUUAGAAACGAAAAAACAGUUCACAAAAUCAAACCCUAAAACUGAUUCGUUUUUCAGAUUAGGUGAUCGUAAAAUGCCGAGAAAAGGAAUGAGGAGUCUCCUUUUCCAGUUCUCGUCGCCGUCGAAUUCCAUUUCUCGGUAUUCGAUCGCAUCGCCGUCGAGAACUCCGGCCUUGACUCCACGCCGGAGCUUCAACGACGCGAUGAUUGAACAGAGCGUCGAAUCUGCGGCGGCGAUUAUAAUGAAAUGGAAUCCAGAUUCUUCAACUUACGCUAAAGUUACUUCCAUGUUCUAUGAAGACAAAAAAGAAGCCAUGCAGUUCAUUAAGCGCGUGAAUGAUCUUCAAAAAGCGAUGCAUCUUAUGGCUUCGGAAGAUUCCGCUUCCGCUUCUGAUCGCCUUGUUUACGCUCAAGGUUUGAUGGAAAUCGCCAUGAAAAGGCUUCAGAAGGAGUUUUAUCAGAUUCUCUCCAUGAAUCGUGCUCAUCUAGAUCCGGAAUCUGUUUCCACUAGAUCCUCUCGCUGCUCCACCAGAUCGAGUACUUCCGUUGAUUUCGACGAUGACGGAACCCUAGACGAUGAAAUCCAAGCCGUAGACGAUUCGAUCUCUGAAGUUGAACAAGUUUCAUUUAUUGUAAUGGAGGAUUUGCGAGCCAUAGCCGAGUGCAUGAUCUCCUCUGGCUACGCUAAAGAGUGCGUUAAUAUGUACAAAGUGAUUCGUAAAUCGAUUAUCGAUGAAGGUGUAUACCGCCUCGGACUUGAGAAAUUGAGCGCUUCGAGAAUCAACAAGAUGGAUUGGGAGGUGCUUGAUCUUAAAAUCAAGAACUGGUUGGAUGCAAUUAAACUCGCAAUUAGAACACUGUUCGUUGGUGAACGAAUUCUCUGCGAUCAUGUCUUUUCCUCUUCUGAAUCCAUUAGAGAAUCCUGUUUUGCUGAUAUAUCCAGAGAAGGCGCUCUGCUUCUGUUUGGAUUCCCCGAACUUGUUGCAAAGAGUAAAAAAUCUCCGGAAAAAAUGUUCCGUGUUCUUGAUAUGUACUCAUCAAUCGUCGAAAAUUGGCCGGACAUCGAAUCGAUUUUCUCAUCUGAAUCCUCAUCUGUAGUUCGAUCUCAAGCUCUAACCUCACUCGCAAAACUCGGCGAGUUAGUUCGUGCCAUAGUUAUGGAUCUCGAAUUCUCGAUUCAGAAAAAUUCAUCCAAAUCACCGGUCGCUGGCGGCGGCGUUCAUUCCUUAACGCUUCUCUCGAUGAACUACCUCACUUUCCUCGCCGAUUACGGAAAUAUUUUGACGGAUAUUUUCGCCGAUUGGACACCGCCUGAAAAAUCCUCUCUCGAACAAAUCUUCUUCAACACUUCAGAUCAAUCCGAUGAUUCUUCAACGGCUUCAGCAAUCUCUUUACGAUUGGGAUGGCUAAUUCUUGUCCUUCUCUGCAAACUCGACAGUAAAGCAAAACGCUACAAAGACGUUUCACUCUCGUAUCUGUUCCUCGCUAACAAUCUUCAACACAUCGUCUCUAAAGUCCGAUCGUCGAAUCUUCAGUAUCUUCUCGGCGAUGAAUGGAUCGCAAAGCAGGAGGCGAAAGUAAGGCAAUUCGCGGCGAAGUACGAAGCAUUAGCUUGGGGAAGAGUCUUAGAUUCCUUGCCGGAGAAUCCAACUGAGAAAUUCUCACAGGAAGAAGCCAAAGAAAUCUUCAGGAACUUUAAUAUGGCAUUCCAAGAAACUCAUCGGAAACAGAAAUCCUGCUUCAUUCCCGAUUCAAAGCUUAGAGACGAAGUUAAAUUAUCAAUCGGAAGAAAGCUCGUUUGGUUCUAUGGAGAAUUUUAUAGAGCGCAAAAAGCUUAUGCCGGUGCUAAUGAAAAGCCGUACAUCAGAUUCUCGCCGGAAGAUAUCGGUAACUACCUUUCAGAUCUCUAUUUUGAACCGUCCGAUUGGGGGAGUGUUUCUACCUCCUCGCCGUCGUCUACCUCAUCCUCUCACCGGCGGGAACCGGGACCCCGUUGAUCGCUGCUCCGGCACGCGAAUAUUUUUAUUUUUAAUUUUAAUUUUGUUUUUGUUUUUAACUUUACAUAUCUUUUAUUUUCCCUCCGAAUUUUGGAUGCGCAUGUGAAAGUUGUAACGGUAAAUAAUACACGGAUUUAGUAAUGUUUUGACAUUUUGAUCAUAAAAGUUGAAUAAAUUUGCUACAUAAUGACUUUUUGAUUUC